AGUUUACGUCAGUUCGGUGGAUGGAUUUGGAUGAGAGAUCCUCCGUGAAAAAUACGUGAUAAUAAGUGUUUCACCCCCAAUAUUGCAUUAAUUCUCGUGCUUCACAGUGUCAAUUUGUAGUUCUCACCAUUUACUUUCACGGCGACUGUGUGGAAAGCUGACAAAAUCAGUGCUGAAAAUAGUCGGUGGAAGUUCUUUUUUUUCUGUUCAUGCAAGGAAAUCCCCAAAAAUCUGUCCAGAAGUCAUCGAAGAAGGUGGCAUUUUCUGCAUUAUUCCAACAUCUGUGCGACGUGUGACUUUGUAGCAACCCUGUCUUGUGGAUAAGAAAACCCCCGUAGUAGCGUGAAACUGAGCUUGCUUUUGGACAAUUCUAAAACUCUGUCUCUAUAAAACAAAUAAACAAAAAUCUCUCAAGAAAACAUAAAAAAUGAAAAGGCAAAAGGACGAUAUGCAAGUGAACGUGGCGGGAAUCAGGAGGAAUAUCAAAAAUUUAGCGCACAAUUAUUCAGAUGCUCAGGUAAAAGUGCGAGAGGCGACGUCAAAUGACCCAUGGGGACCGUCGGCCACGCUCAUGGCGGAGAUCGCCGACUUGACAUACAAUGUUGUGGCGUAUUCGGAGAUAAUGGCAAUGAUAUGGAAGCGAUUGAAUGAUCAUGGCAAGAAUUGGCGUCACGUGUACAAAGCUUUAAUCCUACUGGAGUAUUUAAUCAAAACGGGAACGGAGAAGGUGGCGCAGCAGUGCAAGGAGAAUGUCUUUGCCAUUCAGACGCUGCGUGAGUUUCAGUAUUUGGAGGAGGGAAAGGAUCAGGGGCUUCAUGUGCGCGAGAAGGCGAAGCUGCUCGUGUCGCUGCUGAAGGAUGAUGAGCGUCUGAAGAAUGAGCGCACGAAGGCGCUGAAGGCGAAGGAGCGCUUUGCACAGCACGCCAGUGGCUUUGGGAGUGACGGCUCGAUUGAUGGGCCGACGCAUCGUGACACGGCGGGCUGGCAUGACGCCGAGGCGCGUCCGGCCAAUGUCAAUGACAUCGAGUUUGUGCGGCCGCAAACGGUGGGCGAGGAGGAGCUCCAGCUCCAGCUGGCGAUGGCAAUGUCGCGUGAGGAGGCGGAGCAGGAGGAGGCGAAGCGUCGCAGUGAUGAUGUGAGACUCCAACUGGCGCUGAGUCAGAGUGAGCAGGACUUCAAGCAAAAGGAUGGCCCUGGACCUACGGCACCGCCGAAGCAGCAACAGAGUCAUCUGAUGGACUUGCUGGACAUCUCGCUGGGCGCCACGAGCAUCUCCAGUCCACCAGGAGAUCCGUGGACGAUGCCACAGCCGCCCACCAGUCGCCCUCCAGCUGCUCUGCCCGGGGAUCCGUGGUCACGGACCUCUUCUCCACCCGUGGACCCAUGGUCGCCGGUGGCUGGAGCUGGGGCUGCCGCCCUGCCGCCGAAAUCCGACAGUCCCAAGUGGCUGUCGCGCAAUGAAUCACCAUCUGUGGCCUCAGGAUCGUCCAACGAGGGUUGGCUGAACACACCGCAAGGGACAUCGAAUGGCAAUUUGACCACCGGCAGUGAUCCGUGGACGACGAAGAAGCCAACUGCCAGUGAUCCGUGGCACACGGGAAGCGGUGUGCCGGAGAAGACGGCUCCGCCGGCGGAUCCGUGGCACAUGCACAAGGACUCGUCGAAUUCCAACAGCGAUCUCGGUGGGAAUGUGGAUCCCUGGUCGCCGGCCCACAACAAAGUGCCACCAAUGGGCGCGCGUCCGUCGCCGGUGGGCGCAAUUACGUCCCCGUCAUCGGAUUUGGAUGAGUUUGACAUCAUCACGAAUCGCACCAAGACCACAAACGGCACUAACAACAACAACUGCUUAAUAAUUGUGUAUAUUGAACAGGUUCCGUCCAUAAAUCAGUUAAAACAGUCUCCGUUUCCAAUUUCAAUAAGUCAAGAUCCUUGGACACCUGUUAGCAAUGCCACUAACAAUUCGCAGCAAAAGUUUGGCAAUCCAUUCACUGACGAUGAAUUCCUUCAACUGCGUAAUCAACAAGAAAAUGCACCGAUUAGCAACAAUAAUAGCUUUGGUUUCUAUCAAAUUGAGAAUGAGGACAGCGAUCAGGAUAAUUUCUACUUUAGUAGAAGCAAGAAAUUCAAUAACAAUCUUGACAAUUAUUUUUCCAACAACAACAACAACAGUAUGCCAUGGAGGAGCACUGAAUCGACACCAUCUUCAAAUCCCUUCUUGUCAUAAGGAAGAAAAAAACACAGAAAGAGAGAUAAAAAUCCCACAGCGACUCACAGAGGAAGAAAGAAACAGAUUUUUGUGUGCGGAGUUUGCAGCAAUUUAGAAUUUUACACGCGAUUUACCAUUUAAAAACAAAAACUUUGAAAAGGAGGAACGUUUGAAAUUCCUGCUGAUAAAUUUUUUCCAAUUCACGCGAUUCAACAAUUCUUUUUCGUCAAUGUUUGCGCGCAAUCCCUUUUUAUUGCGGGAAAAUUGUGUGAGAGAGAGAAAGAGAGGAGAAAAAGAGAGAAAUUUGAAGUGUUUUUCGCUAUUUACACCCUAUAAAAAAAUUGCCUGAUAAAUGAUAAAAUGAGAAGGAGAAAAAAAACAUGUACAUGAAUGAUUAAGAGAAAUGGUAGAAAUUUUUGUGUGAAAGCGAGAAUUGUAGAUUUUUAUACAUUUGAAUGGGCGUAAAAGAGAGAGAGAAAAAAUAUUGAUUCACUUUCAUAGAUUUUCAACAGACAGCAAAAUUAUAUAUAUAUAUGAAAAAGAAAAGAAAAAAAAGGAUUAUAAAGAACAAAGACGACAAAUAUUCAGAGUAGCAAAAAUUUUCAAAUUAUUCACAGAAAAAGAGGUCAAAAUCACUGUUUUUUUUAUUGUAAGAUUUAUAAAUAUAUAUAUAUUUUAUUUUUCAAUCUACUAUCUUUUUUUUAUAUCUUAUCGAUGAAUAUUUUCUAAUUCAUUUUUCGAGUUAUAUAGAGAGACAGAGAGAGAGAGAGAGAGAGAAAACAUUACGAAAAGAGGAGAGAAAAAGAUAAAAUGGGAGAAAGAUUUUACUGUUUAGCGCGUAAGAAAAUGUUACGAUGAAACUUCAACUAAUCCAUAAUUUUAUUCUAUAAUUUACAAUUUAAUAAUUUAAUAGUUAAUGAUUUUACUGCUGAAAAAGGUGAAUAUAAUUAUACAGAAACAAAAA